UAUAUAUAUAUAUACUUUGAAAUUCUGUUCACAAUAAUAAAUAUUCUUUAGUACAAACAAAUUGAAUCACAUUCUUUAGGCAUCUUUCAAGAAAAUCGCCAUUUUUUCAUCCCCAAAUUAAAAGGUGGGAAUGGAGGCCAAUGGAAAAAGUGUGGGCAAGAAAUUUCAAAAGAGCUACUUCGACGUGUUGGGACUUUGCUGCACUUCCGAAGUUCCGUUGAUCGAAAAAAUCCUUAACUCGCUCGACGGGGUUAAGGGUUUCUCGGUAAUUGUACCCACGAAGACGGUGGUCGUUGUUCACGAUUCCUUGCUAAUUUCGCAGAUUCAAAUAGUUAAAGCGUUGAACCAGGCGAGGCUGGAGGCGAAUAUUCGAGCAUUUGGAGAAACGAACUACAAGAACAAAUGGCCAAGCCCGUAUGCAAUUGCCUGCGGCACACUUCUUCUUUUGUCGUUUUUGAAGUACUUUUACAACCCCCUUCGAUGGUUGGCCGUGGCUGCAAUCGCCGUCGGCAUUUUGCCCGUUUUACUCAAGGCCUUCGCCGCCGUUCGAAAUCUCACCCUCGAUAUCAACAUCCUCGUCUUAAUUGCAGUUUCGGGUUCACUCGCGCUUCAUGAUUACUGGGAAGCUGCAACGAUUGUGUUCUUGUUCACAAUUGCAGAGUGGCUGGAAUCUAGGGCUAGUCACAAGGCGACAGCUGUCAUGUCGUCAUUGGUUAACGUGGUGCCACAAAGAGCUGUACUAGCGGAAACAGGGGAGGAAGUCAACGCCGACGAGGUCAAAUUGGGCAGUAUUCUAGCUGUGAAGGCCGGCGAAGUGAUUCCGAUCGAUGGAGUUGUCGUCGACGGGAAAUGCGAAGUCGACGAGAAGUUCCUGACCGGAGAAUCGUUUCCGGUCGCCAAGCAAAAAGACGACGUCGUUUGGGCGAGUACCAUUAAUCUUAACGGCUACAUAACUGUCAAAACCACGGCAAUCACAGACGAUUGCGUCGUCGCCAGAAUGGCGAAACUCGUAGAAGAUUCACAAAACAAUAAAUCGAAAACUCAACGAGUUAUCGACAAAUGCGCAAAAUACUACUCACCUGCUAUACUAGUGAUAUCGGCAUCUUUGGCGAUAGUUCCUUUUCUAUUACACGUACAAGACACGAAAAAAUGGUACCAUUUGGCUCUCGUUGUACUCGUGAGCGGUUGCCCGUGUUCACUUCUUCUUUCGACACCUGUCGCGAUGUUCUGUGCAUUGUCGAAGGCGGCAGGUGAUGGUGUUCUGUUCAAAGGGGCAGAGCAUGUCGAGACGCUUGCUCGUAUAAAAAUAAUGGCGUUUGAUAAAACAGGGACUAUCACUAGGGGCGAAUUCGUCGUGUCCGAUUUUAGAUCACUGCAUGACAAUAUUAGCCUUGACACACUUCUCUAUUGGAUUUCAAGCAUCGAAAGCAAAUCGAGCCAUCCGAUGGCGGCUGCACUCGUUGACUUUGCGAGAUCACAUACAGUUGACCCGAAAUCUGAACAAGUGGAGAAAUUCGAAAUAUUUCCCGGUGAAGGGAUUUAUGGGAGAAUCGAAGAUAAUGACGUAUAUGUCGGAAAUUGGAAAAUUGCUUUAAGAGCAGGGUGCAGUACUGCAGUCCCAAAAUUAGAAGGUUAUAAUGUAGAAGGAAAGUCCAUCGGCUACGUUUUUGUGGGGCCGUCACUAUCUGGAAUAUUCUGUCUAUCGGACGCAUGUCGAACCGGAGCAAAAGAAGCGUUGAAAGAGUUGAAAUCAAUGGGUAUCAAAACGGUGAUGCUAACCGGUGAUAGUUAUGCAGCUGCCAAACAUGCACAAUCUCAGUUAGGAGGAGGUUUAGAUGAAGUACACGCGGAGCUCUUGCCGGAGGACAAGGACAGAAUCGUAAAAGAGCUCCAGAAGACGGGCCCCACGGCCAUGAUAGGGGACGGGGUGAACGACGCACCCGCACUUGUCACGUCGGACAUCGGGAUCUCGAUGGGGGUUGCGGGGUCCGCCCUGGCCACCGAGACGGGUGACGUGGUCCUCAUGUCGAACGACAUCCGCCGGAUCCCUAAGGCGUACAAGCUCGCGAGAAAAGUCCGUAGGAAAAUAAUAGAGAAUGUCGUGAUAUCGAUCUCGACAAAGGCCGCGAUUAUCGGGCUCGGUAUUGCGGGCCACCCCCUAGUGUGGGCCGCGGUGCUGGCGGAUGUGGGGACCUGCCUUUUGGUGAUCUUUAACAGCAUGUUGCUUUUGAGGGGGGUCGACGGGCAUGACCAAAAGUGUGGUGGGGCCCAUCGUAAUCAUCACCAUGCACAUGAUAGUCAUGCCCACAAGAAAAAUAACAAGUGCAGUAGCAGUAGUAAUAAUAAUAAUAAUAAAAAUAGUCCUUGCGCAUCGAAAUGUGGAUCGGGUUCGAGUUCUUGCAAGGACAAGAAAUGCUCGAGUUCUGGUCAAGAAGCGGUGACUACUAAGGCUAUUGUUAGUCAUAAGUGUUGCCAAGAAGUCGUGACUAAGGAUUUGGAAUCGCAGAACGUUGUUCAUACGCACGGUUCUUGUGGAAACGGAGGUGCGGCCCACGAGAAAGUGCACGGAAAAUGCUGUAAGAAGUCCUCACUGUCACCACAUGACCAUGACCACGACCACGACCAUGACCAUGACCAUGACCAUGACCACAAACACGAACACGAACACGAACACGAACACGAACAUAAACAUGUACAUGAACACGAGCAUGAGAUUCAUGGUAAGAAGUGCAUGGAAAAUCACUGCGGAGAACACAAACACGGUGGCCUAAGUGGAAAAACAUCGCCGUCGGCCAAUAAGCACGAGACACGUUGCUGUGAGAAGGAGGCCGGAACUAGUUGUGGAGGAGAUUUAUUAAAAAUUGUGAUUGAAUGAAUAGUUUUUAUUUUAUUUUUUAUUAAUCUUUUUUUUUCUUUGAAGAAUGAUGGAAAAGGGUUUUAAUGAUCAGUAAACUUGGCAUUUGAAUAUUUGUUUAGGAACAAAUUUUGUUCAGACAUUUUGAUAUCAGGGAAGUCAAAAACUAAGGUUGAAAGACUCCAAGACCAAUACUGGUUUAAGUCCAUAUUGUUUUUUUU